AUGGCACCUCAGGUCGAAGCAAGCUCUCUUUCCGACAUCACGCAGCUAGCAGGAAACCCCCCGAAAUAUCCACGCAACCCCACCGAGGCCAAGAGAGAGCCUCUAACGUUGUACAUUGCACGUGUACCGGGAAGUCGAGAUAUUAUUCUCACAACUCUCAAGCCACAGCUGAAGAACGUUACGGCUGAAGAUGUUGCAUCCUCUCUCUACUAUCUGCAUCUCCAAACACCAGAGGAUGCCAAAUUCCUGGAAGACGAUGCAAAUCCUGUAGCCGGGGAAACGACGUCAUUUGUGAAUAAAUCUCUUCCUCGCAAGCCUCUCCCAGAGUCCGCAAGAUCCUCAAUUGAGAUCAGCCGUCAACUGACCGCCGCGUCUCAACGCUCUCGGCCCAAAGAGCCCACCACAAGUCUUCCAAGACGGAAGCCUGUUGGAUCUGAGAGUCCAACGAGAAGGCCACCGCCUCAGGCACACCAGAAUGAGUCAAUAUUAAGACGACCGCUUGGACCUCGGGAUCAAACAGAGUACGGAUUUGAGAGAAAGCAGUUUUCUGGUGUUGAAAAUGCACCUACUAGUGCCGCUUCACGAACCCCGUCUCCAUCCAAGAAGAGCAUCGAUCUUACCAGGACGGCUGAGUUACUUGCGGAGAAUGUUGAGGCUGAUAAAGAAGCAUUCUCCAUCACAUUAAUUCGUCGAGAUCCUUCUUCUGGGGCGCAGUGGAACAUCGGCAGCGUGACUGGCACGCCAGCGUCCGAAGAAGCACAAAGUCGGCGAUUAAAGACUGCGCCGCGUUCUAGGAAGCCCUAUUUCGACCUGUCGGUUCACAUUACCACCCCGGGAUACAACUAUUUCCGACAUCCACAACCGAAUUGUCACACUGGCAAUGCCACAACCUCUCACAACAUGAGUGGUGAAUCAAGUACUGAUGCGGACGAGUUACACCUUCAGCCACGGUCCAAUUCGGGAUUUGAUCGGCAGGUCCGCAUGGAGGGAAAUAGCUUUUGGAAUCGAUCUUCAAUACAGAGUAAAAGGGCGCUCUCUGACAUCUCGGACAAGCAUAUGACCGUACGUGGCAGAAGUUCUAGUGAGAGCAGCUCUGGUGCACCAUAUGUCCUUCCCGGUGACGAAGAUUCUCAGACUAAGGGGUAUAUUUUUUCGAGCCCAUGGGGAGGUCGGUGCAAGUUCUCAACCGGAUCUGGGGGCCGCUCGCUGCGCUGUAAACACACCUUGCCAGCACCAGUAUCGGCAAGCAACGAUCCAAACGCGACUUCUUCAGCUCAGCCAGCAGUGGUUGUGAGUGAGCUACGGUUUAACUUACCGUCUUCAGCUGUGUUUACACAAGCGGCAUCUGUAACUUCCCCCCCGCACAAAGGGCUCGAUUCCAAACAAUUUAGCAUGCCAAAACUUAGUCAUAUCCGGAAUAAGUUAUCAUCUGGCCACAAGACAGCUCCUCCACUUCCACCGCGUCCACCACCAACUUCAUAUGCAGCUCUCUACCCUAGUGACGAUGACCGACCGCCUCCAUUACCUCCAAGAUCUUAUUCACAAACUCCAAGGGGUUCAAAUGAGGAAGCAGUGGCACCACCUCCUAUGGGACACCAGCCCUUUCCUUAUAGUGCCUACCUAAGGAGCGAAGAAGGAGAAGACGAAGAAGUUCGGCUCGACCUUAGUAUCGGCCAGGAGAAAGCCGGAGGUGGAAAUCGGGGCAAGCGAGCAAAACUUGGCAAGCUCAUAAUUCACGAUGAAGGGUUCAAGAUGCUAGAUCUAGUGGUUGCCUCGAAUAUGGGGAUUUGGUGGAGUGUAUGGGAAUCCGAACAUUGGUAG